AUGCCGAUGCUCAAAGAUCCUUCCAAGAAAUAUAAGCCUUACAAGCCAUUGAACCUUACCAACCGAACAUGGCCUAAUAAACAAAUCGAGUCUGCGCCUCGCUGGCUCAGCACUGAUCUCAGAGAUGGAAACCAAAGUCUCCCGGAUCCAAUGGAUGGCGACCAAAAACUCCGCUUCUUUAAGAUGCUUGUUGAUAUUGGUUACAAGGAGAUUGAGGUAUCCUUCCCUGCCGCCUCCCAAGUCGACUUCGAUUUCACCCGCCGCCUCGUUGAGGAGCCUGGUCUUACUCCAGAUGAUGUCUGGCUCCAAGUCCUCGCCCCAUGCCGAGAGGAGAUCAUUCGCCGGACUGUUGACUCCCUGAAGGGAGCCAAGAAGGCUAUUCUACACAUUUAUCUCGCCACCAGCCCUUGUUUCCGAAGAAUCAUCUUUGGAAUGGAUAAGAGACAGUCCCUGGAGAAGGCUGUUGCGUGUGCCAAAUAUGCUCGCUCAAUUACAAAGGAUGAUCCAUCUAUGGCCGGCACUGAAUGGCAAUUCGAGUUCUCGCCAGAGACCUUCUCGGAUACAGAGCCUGACUUCGCAAUUGAAGUCUGCGAAGCUGUCAAGGCUGCAUGGGAGCCUACUGCCGAGAACCCUAUUAUCUUCAACCUGCCCGCCACUGUCGAGAUGUCCACCCCCAAUGUUUACGCCGAUCAAAUUGAAUACUUCUGCACAAAUAUGACUGAGCGUGAGAAGUUUGUUGUCUCGCUCCACCCACACAACGACCGUGGCUGUGCUGUCGCUGCUGCCGAACUGGCUCAGAUGGCUGGUGCCCAGCGUGUGGAGGGUACCCUGUUUGGUAACGGUGAGAGAACCGGAAAUGUCGACCUGGUUACCCUGGCCCUCAACCUUUACACACAAGGUGUCUCACCAAAUGUUGAUUUCUCCGAUAUCAAUGCAGUCAUUAAGGUUGUGGAGGAAAGUAAUCAGAUCCCUGUGAAUGAAAGAUGGCCUUACGGCGGAUCCCUGGUCUCUGCCGCCUUUAGUGGAUCUCACCAGGAUGCCAUCGCCAAGGGCUUCAAAAUUCGCAAGGACACCAAUGCCACUGAUGACGAUGAAUGGGUUAUCCCAUAUCUCCCAAUUGACCCCUCAGAUAUCGGCCGCACCUACGAGGCUGUCAUCCGCGUCAACUCACAGAGUGGCAAGGGUGGCGCCGCAUGGGUUAUCCUGCGCAGCCUGGAGCUGGAUCUCCCCCGUGCGCUGCAGGUCGAGUUCAGCAAGGUCGUACAAAAGGAAACCGAACUUCUCAGCCGCGAGCUGAAGCCCGCCGAAAUUGUCAACCUCUUCGAGCAGUCCUACCACCUCAAGACAAAUCCCCGCUUCAACCUAGUCGAUUACAACAUUACCACAGAUCGUUCGCAGUCCCCGGCUCCUCCAUCGGAGCCUGGGAAGGCUCUCAACACCAAGAACCUUAAGCGUCGCUUCACUGGUAUUGUCGAGAUCGACAAUACCCAGCACGCCAUCACUGGUGUUGGACCCGGUGCCAUCUCAUCUCUUGCAGCUGCUCUGUCUUCCCUCGGAAUCGACCUCGAUGUUGUCGACUACAAGGAGCACUCAAUCAGUGGCUCAUCUGGCAACAAGGGCCGUGAUGUUAAGGCUGCUACAUAUAUCCAGUGUACUGCCGCUGGUAGCAAGGAACAAGUGUGGGGUGUUGGUAUCCACCAGGAUGUUGUCCAAGCCAGUCUGAUCGCCCUGCUCAGUGCUGCUAGCUCGUUCCUUACCUCUCAAGCUGGCUCCCCUGCUCCUUUCCGCCCUGUCCGCUCCAACACCCUCACUAACGAGGACAUUCAUGCCCUUGAGCAGCUGACUACCGAGGCCAAUGCUAACGGUGGCCCUCAGGUCAACAUUGAGCAGUUGACUAAACAGGCUGAAGCCCAGUAG